CACACCGCGGCCUCUGCAGCGCGCAGCGCCGCCGACCCCGCCUGCCCACCACGCUCCCCUCCUCCGCCUCCCCAUGUCGGCCGCCCCCGCCUACAGUGAGGACAAGGGUGGCUCCGCGGGCCCCGGGGAGCCCGAGUAUGGCCACGACCCGGCCAGCGGCGGCAUCUUCUCCUCCGACUACAAGCGGCACGACGACCUGAAGGAGAUGCUGGACACCAACAAAGAUUCCCUCAAGCUGGAGGCCAUGAAGAGGAUCGUGGCGAUGAUCGCCCGGGGAAAGAACGCCUCGGACCUGUUCCCCGCCGUGGUGAAGAACGUGGCCUGUAAGAACAUAGAGGUGAAGAAGCUGGUCUACGUGUACCUGGUGCGCUACGCCGAGGAGCAGCAGGACUUGGCCCUGCUGUCCAUCUCCACCUUCCAGCGCGGCCUGAAGGACCCCAACCAGCUGAUUCGCGCCAGCGCCCUCCGCGUCCUCUCCAGCAUCCGCGUGCCCAUCAUCGUGCCCAUCAUGAUGCUGGCCAUCAAGGAAGCCGCCUCGGACAUGUCACCCUACGUGCGGAAAACGGCCGCGCACGCCAUCCCCAAACUCUACAGUUUGGAUCCUGACCAGAAGGACCAGCUCAUAGAGGUCAUUGAGAAGCUUCUGGCUGACAAGACCACGCUGGUGGCGGGCAGCGUGGUGAUGGCCUUCGAGGAGGUGUGCCCGGAGCGCAUCGACCUGAUCCACAAGAACUACCGGAAACUCUGCAACCUGCUCAUCGACGUGGAGGAGUGGGGCCAGGUGGUCAUCAUCAGCAUGCUCACCCGCUACGCCCGCACCCAGUUCCUGAGCCCCACCCAGAAUGAGUCCCUGCUGGAGGAGAACCCCGAGAAAGCCUUCUACGGCUCGGAGGAGGACGAGGCGAAGGGCCCGGGGUCGGAGGAGGCGGCCGCCUCGGCGCUGCCGGCCAGGAAGCCCUACGUCAUGGACCCCGACCACCGGCUGCUGCUGCGCAACACGAAGCCGCUGCUGCAGAGCCGCAGCGCCGCGGUGGUCAUGGCGGUGGCGCAGCUGUAUUUCCACCUGGCGCCCAAGGCCGAGGUGGGCGUCAUCGCCAAGGCGCUGGUGCGCCUGCUGCGCAGCCACAGUGAGGUGCAGUACGUGGUGCUCCAGAACGUGGCCACCAUGUCCAUCAAGCGCCGGGGCAUGUUCGAGCCCUACCUGAAGAGCUUCUACAUCAGGUCCACGGACCCCACCCAGAUCAAGGUCCUGAAGCUGGAGGUGUUGACCAACCUGGCCAAUGAGACCAACAUCCCCACGGUCCUGCGGGAAUUCCAGACCUACAUCCGCAGCAUGGACAAGGACUUCGUGGCGGCCACGAUCCAGGCCAUCGGACGCUGCGCGACCAGCAUAGGCCGGGUCCGAGACACCUGCCUCAACGGCCUGGUGCAGCUGCUGUCCAACCGCGACGAGCUGGUGGUGGCAGAGUCGGUGGUCGUCAUCAAGAAGCUGCUGCAGAUGCAGCCGGCGCAGCACGGGGAGAUCAUCAAGCACCUGGCGAAGCUCACGGACAACAUCCAGGUGCCCAUGGCCCGAGCCAGCAUCCUGUGGCUCAUCGGGGAGUACUGCGAGCACGUGCCCAAGAUCGCGCCCGACGUCCUGAGGAAGAUGGCCAAGUCCUUCACUGCAGAGGAGGACAUCGUCAAGCUGCAGGUCAUCAACCUGGCGGCCAAGCUCUACCUGACCAACUCCAAGCAGACCAAGCUGCUGACCCAGUACGUGCUGAGCCUGGCCAAGUACGACCAGAACUACGACAUCCGCGACCGCGCUCGCUUCACCCGGCAGCUCAUCGUCCCCUCGGAGCAGGGCGGGGCCCUCAGCCGCCACGCCAAGAAGCUCUUCCUGGCGCCCAAGCCAGCCCCCGUCCUGGAGUCGUCCUUCAAAGACCGGGACCACUUCCAGCUGGGCUCGCUGUCCCACCUGCUCAAUGCCAAGGCCACGGGCUACCAGGAGCUCCCGGACUGGCCAGAGGAAGCCCCGGACCCAUCCGUGCGCAAUGUGGAGGUGCCGGAGUGGACCAAGUGCUCCAACCGGGAGAAGAGGAAGGAGAAGGAGAAGCCCUUCUACUCGGACUCUGAGGGGGAGUCGGGCCCCACGGAGUCCGCAGACAGCGACCCCGAGUCCGAGAGCGAAUCGGACAGCAAGAGCAGCAGCGAGAGCGGCUCCGGGGAGUCCAGCAGCGAGUCCGAGGAGGAAGACCGGGAGGAGGAGGAGAAGGGGAGGAGCAGUGAGAGUGAGCAGAGCGAGGAGGAAGGGGAGAAGAGCAAGACGAAGAAGAGGAAGAAGGCGCAGACAAAGGGACAGGGGGAGGGCUCGUCCUCGGAGGAGGAGGGCAGCGGCUCCAGCAGCGGCUCCUCGGAGUCUGAGGGGUCGUCGGAGACGGAGGAGGAGCAGGCGGAACCGGCGUCCUGGCGGAAGAAGACGCCCCCCAGCAGCAGAAGUGCCCCCGCAGCCCAGGAGGUCUCCCUGCUGGACCUAGAGGACUUCGCCCCGCCGAGCGUCCAGCCCGUGUCUCCGCCCGCGGCCGUGUCCACCAGCCUGGCUGCGGACCUGGAGGGCCUGACCCUCACAGACUCGCCGCUGGUGCCCUCGCUGCUGAGCCCGGCCUCGAGCGUGGGGAGGCAGGAGCUCCUGCACCGCGUGGCGGGCGAGGGGCUGGCCGUGGACUAUGCCUUCAGCCGCCAGCCCUUCCCCGGGGACCCCCACAUGGUGUCUCUGCUCAUCCACUUCUCCAACAGCUCUGAGACGCCCGUCAAGGGCCUGCACGUGGGCACCCCCAAACUGCCGGCUGGCAUCAGCAUCCAGGAAUUUCCUGAGAUCGAGUCCCUGGCCCCCGGAGAGUCUGCCACUGCCGUCAUGGGCAUUAAUUUCUGCGACUCGACCCAGGCAGCCAACUUCCAGCUGUGCACCCAGACCCGACAGUUCUACGUCUCCAUCCAGCCGCCUGUCGGGGAGCUGAUGGCCCCCGUGUUCAUGAGUGAGAAUGAGUUCAAGAAGGAGCAGGGAAAGCUGACGGGCAUGAACGAGAUCACCGAGAAGCUCGCGCUGCCGGACGCCUGCCGCAGUGACCACGCUGUGGUGCAGAAAGUGACCGCCACUGCCAACCUGGGCCGCGUCCCUUGCGGGACGUCUGACGAGUACAGGUUCGCAGGGAGGACGCUGACCAGCGGGAGCCUGGUCCUGCUGACCCUGGUCGCGCGGCCCCCGGGACCGGCCCAGCUGACCGUCAACAGCGAGAAGAUGGUGAUCGGCACCAUGCUGGUGAAGGACGUGGUGCAGGCUCUCACCCAGUGACGCCGGGGGUCCCGGCCUCCCCGACGCCCCCGGCUGUCCCGCGGGACACUUGGGCUGUCGGCAUCCGCCCCCCCACCCCCACUCCCUCCCCCUCUCUGGUGUGAGGUUCCUGGGGCCAGAGGGUGUUCAGGGCCCCUGCCCCCUCUGGUCAUUAACAGAUUCCUGCCACCCCCCCCAGC